CGAAGUCGAUGACGCUAAGCCCGGGAGCCCUUCAGCUCUAUUUGUAGCGUACGAAAUAGUUGACUUUUUUUGUUGAAAGAGCCGGAUAUUUUUGCGAGAAAGGGUGGGUGAGAAAGAGAGAACUCGCCGGAAAGAGGGAAGAAUACGCCUGAAAUUUUCCUACGGUUACUCGCUUUAAUCGUCUCCGGCAAUCUGAUCUCUCAGUCAACAUGACAACAUCAAGGCGCCUUGCAGGCAGGAAGGUGGAGAAGUUCGAGAAGAACAUAACAAAGAGAGGAGCUGUGCCUGAAACAACCACAAAGAAGGGGAAGGAUUAUUCUGUCGGCCCUGUGCUGCUUGGGUUCUUUGUAUUCGUUGUCAUUGGAUCAUCUCUGUUCCAGAUUAUCAGGACAGCGACCAGCGGGGGAAUGGCAUAAGUCUGCAUCAUCCAUGUCAAGAAAUGGCAGAGGAGACUUUUGUAGGGAACUGAUGAUACAUUUACUAGAUAUGCUUACUCAAGUUGUGAAGUAUGCAGAAUUUGAAUAAGACCAACGCAUCUUGUCUCUUAGUUCUAUUUUAUAUGUUACUUUUUGCCUGUUUCAUUUAUGAAUGAAUGAGAUAGGCUAAAAGCAUUCAUUAAAAUCCUCUUUAUUCUCACUGUGUGAUGUUAUUAAACGAACUGAUUCACCAGAUAAUGGUGUUUAAUGUCAGCACUAGUUAUGGUUUAGAGUUUAAGGUGGAGAUAUACAAUAAUCUAUUUCAUGGUAUUUGGUUAAAUUGAACUAAGAAAUUUGCAUCAACAUUUUCGUACAAGUUUUGUAUAAUCAAUUGGUUGCUAACCUCGUUCAUGGAGGUUUUAGUUUCUAAGAUUGGAUGUCCAAUGAUGUUGUAACGUGAGCCAUUGAUAUUAAUUCUAUCCAACUU